AUGUACCUUACAUGCACGGCCCUGAACCACCCUAUAUAUCCCCUCUCCACCUCGCCCUCUCUUCCGAACCACGUACGUACACUGUCUUUCAACCUGCAGCUAGCCUACUCACCAAGCCAGAUAUACAUAUAUACAUAUAUAGCAGUGUUUGAUGAGAAGAUCGAUGGCGAAGCUCUCAAUGACCCUCCUGAUAGCACUGUUCGGUGUGAUGCUGGUUUCCGCCAUGGCCCACAAGACCACCAUCACGACCGUGGAGGUCGUCGAGGAUGAGGAGGUUGAGAACCAGAGGAGGGGCUGCCAGAAGCAGCUACAGAGCACGCAGAUGCUGCGACACUGCCAGGACUUCCUCAUGGACGUCUCCAGAGGUGUCAGCCGCAGCCAAUGUGGGUGUGAAGGAAGUAGCCAGUUUGACCCCGCCGGCCCUGUGAUGAGGGGCCGUACAUCUGACCACUUCGAGCCCUGUUGCAACCAGCUCAGGCAGAUGGACCAGCGAUGCAUGUGCGAGGGUCUGAGGCAGAUAGUGAGGCAAGAGCAGGGGCGGUUCGGCGGAUGGGAGGUGCAGCAGGUGGCACAAUGUGCUAGGCAGCUUCCCCAGAUGUGUGGAACUGGACAGACGUGCUCACAGAUUCGAGCAGUUUAUAUAUAAGGAGAGCUGACAAGCUCUUGCCCUAAUCAUGCCGUGCUAGCUAACGGCUACGUACUUAGACUUAAUUUUCUUGAAUAAAGUUCACCCUUCUCUCUUCAUAUAAAUGAUAUAUGUAUGGUCCUUUAGGCGGCUUAUAUUUAUGUAUGGAGAGAUUUGGCGUGAUAAUAAAAUCCACACUAUCGUGUGGUUAUUAAUUAGCUGGGGGAGUUUAUUAUGAGAGGUUUCAUGGUUAUGUUAUGUACCCGGCAAGUUGGGCUCUAAUUAUCUAAUAAAAAUGUCCUUGUAAGUAUCAUUCA